AUGGAGACCGGAGUGGUGGCCGUAACACUGCUGGAGGAGCUAAAACACGGAAUAUUCCCUAUUUGGAUCUGCCUGGUUUCGCAGAUAGUUUGCACCAUGAUAUCGACACGCUGCUUGUCACUGAUGCAGCCUUGUAUUUCACCACACCUGUGCAGAAGCAAACAGACUCUUCUGAGAAAUGUUUGUGUUUCUGAAGACAGCAGCUGCCAAAUGCAAAGUUCUGAGAGCUGUAAUUUGACUAUUCAAGCAAUAUUCAGUCACUCAGUCAAGUGUAUGUGCACCGAUGAAAAUCCAUGCAACAUUCUACAACUACUGGAUUCCUUCUGCCAUUCCUACUUAGCAGACGUUGAGCCUUUGCGCACACCUGACAAAUCAAGAUCGGCAACUCAGCAGGCAAGCCGUCAAGCCGACGGUCUACAUCCUCAUUCCGAUCAUCACCUACCCUUACCAGUUCAUGAAAACAGCCUGAAGGUGGAAUGGAAAAAAAGUACACUGUUAAAAUAUGUACCGGCCCCAAACAGUUCCUGCGUACAGGAGAUGACGCUUUGUAUCCAGGAUGAAGUGUGUAAUCGGCAGCUGGUGCCGUUUGUCCAGUCUUGUUCUGCUCCUCAGUGUGAGGAGAAGCUUUGCAGGCUGGCGGCAAGACGAUUUUAUUCUAUCCUGCCUGAAAACGUGGCUGAGAUGCUAGUGUUCUGCCAGUGUGUGACAGAUGACCAGGACUGCCAGCAUUUUCAGACCAUGCUCAGUUCCAACUCCUGUAAACAAGACACGAUAGCACAAUGGAGCUGCCUGGAGAUGCUGGACAACUGCACUGGAGAGAAGGUUUGCAGGCAGACAUUUGAAGCAUUCUUGUCCAAAUGUUUUGGCUCAGAGGAUGUUUCAUUUAGUGGAUAUUCAACCACAGACCUGCUGCACGUCAUCGAUCUCAACUUUUUUGUCAGUGGAAACAAAGAGUGCAGACUGGCCUUUGUAGCUACAAUGGGAUCUGUGCUUCAGAGUCCGUGCACCUGUCAGGGACUGGAUCAUCACAAUCUUUACAGGUGCAAUGUGCUGCACCAAGCCAUUCAUAGCAGAUCCUAUUUCAGACCUCAAGGACCUAAGCAAAAUACCUUCUCAACGAAAUCAAAAGUAAACAAAUCACAGCAAGAGCAUUCAUGGCUAAAUGAUGAAUUAUUCUACAUCGUGGUGUCCGUUUGUGUGGCGGUGGUGGUGAUCAUUGCAGUUGUCAUCGCCAUUGUUAUGCAUAAACUGAGGAAAAAGCACAGUUUGCCCAAGAACCCAGAUUCAAGAUUCAAACCCCCAGAGGAUUCCUCAAAAUCACUUGUCCUGUAA